GCGUGGACGCCUCCUCCAGCGUCAGCGGGACAUCGAGGUAGAUAUCUUUGGACCGACGCGUUCGGCGUAUUGAAUUUCCUUACCCUUCAUAAGGAGACAUGUAAGCCGCUCUACAUCAACCAUGCAAAGUCCCUUGUUUCGGCCGUCCAUGGCACCCUAGGCCGGACGCGCGAUCUCUCGGCCCAGCUUCCGGGAGCAACGCCAGCAAACCCGCUCGGAGGGGGAUUGAGGAUCGGCAAGGAAGACUCGCAUGGGCCUGACGCUGAUGGGCAGUACCACCACUACCUGACACUGUGGAUGUUCGCCCUGAAUCGGUUGUCAGUGUACAGCGGAGAGAAGGACUACAACGAUCAGGGGAUUGCGCUGGCCAAGGCGAUCCAUCCUGCUUUUGUCUACAAUCGCGACUCUCGGCGACCGCGCAUGUACUGGAAGAUGUCAAUGGAUCUCCGAGAGCCUCUUGUGAUGAGUGAAGGCAACCUCGAUCCCAUCGACGGGCUUGCCAUUUUCACGCUCCUCCAAAGGACGGACGGCAAGGACAGUGAGGUGCUCAAGGACGAGAUUGCGACGUAUCAGCGAAUUGUCGACACCAAAUGGCAGAGCUAUUCCAGUUCUGAUCCGCUCGACUUGGGUAUGACAGCCUGGAUUGCUCACUGGUUCGAAGGGGAGUGGGCGUGGGCUCGAGGGCUCAUGGACCUCACAGAGCGCUACACGGAGAGGUUUUGGAGGUCAUCGUAUUUCACGAGGGCGGUCGCGCAUCGGCUGGCGUUCCGAGAGUUUGGGCUCGCAAUGGGGUUGCGAUGCGGGCUUGAGCGACGCGACCCGAAGUGGGCGCAGUGUGCGGAUAGCAUCAUAGCAAGCUGGGAGGCGGCAGGACUGGCACCGGAGGUGGUGAAGGAUAACCGGGCAGGCAUGAAUGCGGAAACGGACCUGCGGCCCAUCAACUGUGUCAUGUACGCUGCUGCUCUCAUACCU